GGGAAUCUCUGGAGGGCUAUAAUCCAGCCAGUUUAAUUCCUCCUCUCCCCCUACCCAGGGAGAAGCGCUGGGUGACGGUGGGUGACACGUCUCUGAGAAUCUACAAGUGGGUGCCCAUUGUGGACCCCCGGGAUGAGGAGAAGCGGCGACUGGCCGGUAGUGGGGAGAGGCACAAGGGCCGGGAGAGGAGGGGGCGCGUGCCCAGCCCCCGGACCAACCCCGCCCUCCUCAUGCUGGACCUGAAUGAUGAGAACAGCAACCAGAGCUCAUUGUCUGAGACCUCCCUGGCCAAGGGGGGAGACACCAGCUCCAGCCCAACCCCCGAUCGCAGCCAGACGGCAACCCCCACCCCGCUGGGGGAACUGAAAGCAGAGGACUCGCAGCCCCCCAUGCUGGGGCAGGAAGGGGACUCUGGGAUGCUGCUGCUUGAGGGGACAGACGAGCCCCCCAUGCUGACCAAGGAGGACCCUGUUCCAGGCCUACUGGAGUCACAGGGGCAAGAGGAUGCACCCCCUUUUGAGAUGGCCCCAACCUUCCCGCAGCCGGUGCUGGAAGAAGAGGACGAUGAAUCCAUGGGGGCACCUCCCCUGAAGCGCAUCUGCCCUGAGGAGCAGGAAAUGGGUGCCCCCAACUCCCCAUAGACCUAGCCUCCUCCCUGCCCUCUCCCUGGCUUUGUGCUGCACUGGAGAGCAUGGGGGGCAGAGUGGGAGCUGGGGAGGAGGUGAAUCAUGCUUGCCAAAUGCGAAAGGACCAAAGACACUUUGAAGAGGAUGUUGGCGUUGGAUCAGGACUUCUUGGAGGGGAGUGGGG